UGGUGUUGCGAGUCGUGGUAUUACGGCUCAGGAAUGCAACUCGUCAACAACGGCUAGCUUUCGUUUCUUGUCGGCGGCUGACUGAGGUGUACCCAGGCUGUUUGUCCACCUCGCAGGCAGCCAAAAAAGGGUGUUAAAACCAGCAGUCAUGGCCACAGCGCAGUCGGUCUUGCUGCUCGCAGUGACUAUCCUGCUCAUCUCAGAGUUCAUCCUGGCUAAGCGGGACUACUACGACCUCCUAGGGGUUCCCAGAGAUGCAUCUGAGCGGCAGAUCAAGAAAGCCUUCCAUAAGCUGGCCCUGAAGUACCAUCCUGACCGAAACAAGGGCCCAGACGCUGAAGCCAAGUUCAGAGAAAUAGCUGAGGCAUACGAAACGCUAUCAGAUGAUAAGAGGAGGCGAGAGUAUGACCAGUUUGGUCAUGGCUCUUCAGCAGGGGAGGGCCAUAGAGGAGGCGGCGGCAGUGACUAUAACUUCAACCAGCACUACCAGUCCUUCAACUAAUUUGAUGACAUGUUCAAAGACUUUGACACUUUUGGUCAACAGCAACAACAUCAACACCACCACUUCCACUCCCAGGCCCAUUCCCACCAUCAAGCCCACCAGAAGAGACACUUCCAGGCUCACCGGGAGGCCAUGAACAACCACAGGAGGCAAUUUCAGCAGGGGGCGUUCGGUGGAGGACUCUUUGAUGACAUGUUUGAGGACUUGGAGAAGAUGUUUUCCUUUAACGCGCACAAUACCAGGACUGAGGACAGAUCAGGCUCAGGGAAGCAGCACUGCAGGACAGUGACUCAGCGUCGGGGCAACAUGGUGACCACCUUCACCGACUGCUCCUGAGGCUAGGAGGACGGUGCACAUGCCCACUUGGGACACUUCCUGAGUCUUUAGUUGUGGUUUUGAAAUUGAAUGCUAAUUUAUCACUUGGGGGAAUACAGAAUGGUUCUGUGUGGCUUUUGUAAUUUUCUGUAUGUACGUUCCUCUUUGAACAAAUAUCCAAGCUGGCCUGAUAAAUGGCUGCAACUACCAAGCAAUAACUCAUACUCAUUAUUGUCUGUAAGAUCAUUCAGAUACCUCCCUAUUAUUUAGCUUUCCAGGUUCAUUAUGUUUACUUGUUUUUAUUUUUUUUUGUGAUGGUACAAUCUGUUGGACUCAGGUGUGAUCUAAGGCUAAAAAGAUCAUUUCAGUUAAAUUUUGUCUUUUGAGAACAGCGUGGCAAUGAGGUUAGUUUUGCAGCUUUCAGGCCACCCUCCCCAGGAUCUGCAGCAGUUCUCAUUGUGUGCUCUGGGUUUGCAGAUCUUGAUUUGGUUAAAGACAGAAUUGUGCGUCUAAAAUACCAUGUGAUUCUAUCAAAUUUGGUUUUAUAGCACUUAUAUCUAAUGUUGCAGGCUGGCCAUUAUCAACUGUUACCUCGUUUAAGUUUCUUCCGACAGAGUAGAAUCUACCUUCACACAGUCAGGGUAGGAAAUUAACAUCGGUCCCAUGACAAAUACUGGUAAACCCCAGGCAGAGUUGGUGGUGUCACUCGGCUGUUUUGCAAGCAGCUGUUUUGAUGAUUACCUAAAAACCUGGGCUCGUCUGCCAGUGAAGCUGAAUGGUCUGAAAUGUUAGUUUCCCAAACUGAUCGUAACGUGCAAUAUUUAGCACCUUUGCUCUACAUGUUGCCUAUCUUUCAUAGACAGUGCUGUGUAAAAGUCAUUGUCUAAUGUCAGCACUUUGUGUGCGUGCGUGUGCGUGUGCGUGUGUGUGUGUGUGUGUGUGUGUGUGCCGAGAGUGACUUGAGUAUUGAUUUGGUUGCAUAAUGUUUGAAGAAUGAAUAAUAAAAAAAUGUUCUAAGAGCAAA